AUGGAUGCGCCAAUUGACGUCCUCAAGAUUGAGCACAAUGUUGUGACCAAAGAACUCGCUCGUUUUCGACCUUGCGAUCCAGAAACGCGUUGCUACUUUUGCCGUGAAUGGGCUCAAUUCAUUUAUAAAAAGCACCUGGCAUGGACCGGCAAAUCGCAACCUGAUCCAUCACAGUCCAAGGGCAAUGCGAGUGGAGAUUGUGUAUUGCACGCCGGCCGUUUCAGCAUCAAGCUGCCAAAGUUUUCCGAAGUCCAGCAACCUUCCAGCAAACAACGACAAAAAGAACGAUCCACCAAGCUGUUUGAUGACUUUAAGAAGCAGUUGGACACUAAGAACGGUGAUUUGCCUGGUGAUUUGACAGUUCAAGUGGUUGAUAUGUGUGAAAAGUGGAUCGAUCAGCCUAGCAGCUUGGUUGCAUUGCCUGCCCUCUUUGAACCUGUUGAAUUUGAUGCAUACGACGAAUCAUUGUCGACUACGAGUGAGCCAAAGGAGCCAGCACGUUUAUUGGAUCCACUUGAAAUCGAACGUCAGCAUGUCAUUUUGCCAUCCAAAGGAUUUCAUCUACUCAAGAACUUGACAGGCGACAUUUUGCUUUCACACAAAGAACCGGCUUGUGAACAUAUGCGACCUGAAUGGAAGUCACCCAGUGAUUUGGAGGUGGAUCGUAACAUUUUCAAUGAGAAGAUGGCUCGUGAAGUCAAAGCUGUGAUGGUCGAAGUGGAACAAGCAUUGCAUGAAUCGUGGCGCCAUUUGACGAGCUUUAUUACUCAAGUCAAGGCUUUGGAUAAGGAAAGGAACACAUUGAUGGGAAAGGAUUGCCAAAAGAACAUCGACUACUUUGCUCAAAAGCAGUCUUUGCCAUCUUUUCAGGAGUACUGGACCAGUCAAGGAGAUUUCAAAAAGAAGCGUGCGGAUAUGGCGACUGUGGAUGCGGCUUUCAUUGGCUUCUUUGAUUUACUCGAAUCCAAGGUCAAGGAGUUUCAGACAUCCUUUGUUCAUACACGUCUCGAUGCUGUUUGUACGCUUAUCCAGAAGCUAUGGGAUUUGGUGGUGCCUGCAAUUCAACAAAUGGCCGAACGUAUGGCUUCUUUCGAAGUCAAGAAUGACGCUUAUAUGGAAAGCUGCACUGCUCUUUCAAAAUCGCUUGACACCCUCCACCCAAUUGAUGAUGUACGUUCGGCUGUCGACACUGUGAGACAAGAAGUGGAUACGAGAAUUGCCGAGUAUUUGCAGGAGAUUGAAGCUUUGGAGAAGACAUACAAAGAGGAAUCUCGCCCCAAUGUCGCUGGUCGACUAGACAAGGUCAACAAUAAGGCAUUCAAGAAACAACUCAAGAAGGUCGAGAGUGGAUAUUAUUCGUUACGCCAAACUUUCCGCUACUUGCUCACUCAAAAGAUAUUUCCCGAAUCGCUGUUUUGCAAGUUCAGUUUAUUUUGUAUGGAGGCAUUGAUGCAAGAGGGUGAAUUGAUGGAAGCCAUGACGAUUGAGAGGGAGAUCAAGAGGUUUUUGCAGUCUCAUGAGGAAAUGGUGGAGGAACGGCAAUAUCUAUUCGAGGAUUUUGAGGAAGGUGUGAUAACCGGUCGCACUGAGCUUGCUGGAAUUCUUGGUCGAUUGUUCUUGAAAGAAGGAAUGCGUAUCCAAGGAGAGAAUUUGGCCAUGCAGCGUCAGAAUACUUUGCUCAAAUCGCUUGGUGUCCAAGUCGAGGAUGAACAACAGGAAUCACCAUCGAGCAAGAAGAAGAAGAGCAAAAAGAAGAAGACGUCACCAGAGGAGCCACCAUCACAAUCGACUUCAACAAAGACUGAAUCGAUCCCAUCACCAAAGGAGACAAAGGCCAAAGAUGUGAAAUCCACAAAAUCAGCUGAGUCCAAAGCAAAGAAUGUUGAAGUUAAGCCUGCUCAAGUCAAAAAGACAAAGGUGGCUGAUGCCAAACCAAAGGUUCCUGAAGUCAAGCCAGUUACACCAAAGGUCCCUGAUACCAAAGUCACUGCUGCAAAGAUCGCUGCCGCUGCCGCUGCCGCUGCUGCUGUACCUGCAAUGGUGAACGAUACCACCUCUGUCAAGACCAAGCCAUCAGUACCUUCUCCUCCAGCAAAGAAGCCAACACCUUCUCCAGCAAAGCCAUCAGUUGUAUCUCCUCCCAAAUCUACUACUCCCAAGAAGGAUGAUGAAUGGCAAACGAUGCCUGUUCGUUCGACAUCGACUUCUCAAGCAUCCACUAGUAACAAUGCUACUUCCAUCCCUGUUGAAAAGAAAAAGAAAGUCAAACCAGAAGAAGCCUUCCCUUCCUUAUCUUCUCAACAAGGAUCGACCUCUGAUGUUGGUGGUUGGGGUCCAGUUGGGGAAUCUUGGGCGAGCAAGAUUGGUGAAUCAAACGUGAACAAGUCUUCCACCACUAAGACCACCGACGCUGAACCAGCAAAGGAUGAUGAAUGGACGACUAUACCUUCGAGCACAACUACCACCACUACCACCACUACAGCUGCUAAGCAAGACGACAACAAAGCUAUGCCAUCACCUAGCAACAAUCGAUUGGAUGCAAAGAAGACAAAGAUGGUUACAAAGAGCCAACCAGAGCAAAAGAAUGCGCCACCUGGAUUGAAAGCAGCUGAGACCAAGAGCCAAGAUGAUGAAUGGACAACAGUGCCAUCCAGCAAGGCAAUCAAGUCGAAUGAUUUAGCAACAGUGGUAUCCACAACAAAGGAACAACCAAAGCCUGAUACAAGUGCAUCGAGCAUUGAGCAAUCCAAUACUACUCAAGAUAGAUGGGGUACAAAUGCGACAUCGACUGCCACAGCUGAUGGAUGGGGUUCUUCUACAACGGGAGCUACAAGUGUGAAAAAGGAGGAAAUCAACAAUGAUGGAUGGGGUGCACCAUCUACUGCCACAACUGCUAACGAUAAUGUGGAUGGCUGGGGAGCACCUACAACAGCACCGAUUCAAUCCAGUGGAUGGGGCAAUGAAGAUACGGCCACAAAGAAUGAUGGAUGGGGAGCAACAAAUGACAACAACGCAGCAGGUUGGGAAGCACCUACACCAUCAAAAUCGGAUCAAUUAGGUGGAUGGGGUCAAGAACCUAAGGCACAAAUCAAUCAAGCAGCAGCAGCAGCAGCAGCACCUCAACCUACUCCAUCAGCUGAAUCCAAUGGAUGGGGUCAAGAACCUGCAAACAAGGGCAAUGAUGAUGAUGGAUGGGGAAAGCCUGCACAAUCCAGCGGUUGGGGAGCUACUUCAGGCAAUGAUGGUCUUGGUGGAUGGGGCAAUGUAUCCACUACUGAAGGUGAUUGGAGCAAGAAGCAGGAAGCAACAACCAAAUCUUGGAAUACAUCAACAUCGAAUACUUGGGAACAAGAAGCAUCCAAGAUGAGUGAGGGUUGGAAUAAGCCAGCAGCUAGCCAAGCCCCUGUGGGUCGAGCCAAUGAUUCUGAUAAUUGGAGACAACCGCAACAGCAACCACGUGAAAGAUACAGCAUCAGAAAGAAUGAUAGCCGACGCACAAGUGGAAACACUAAUCGGGUUGAUGACAAUGCUCAACAACGUGGAUGGAAUAACAGCAACACGAAUGAUCGUUGGAAUGACCAAAACAAGCAUAAGCGAUCUUCCUCGGGAUGGAAUCCAAACAAUGGCAGCAGCAGUAAUGAUGACAAUUGGAGGGCUAAGUCUUCGGUGGAUGAUAUCAAUAAUGGAUGGGGAUCUUCAUCGACAAGUACAACAACCAUGCCUUCUGUAUCGAAUGCUGAAAAGGACAAUGCUCCUGUGGAUGUGGUCAACAUUUCGAUGAAAGACAUCUUGCAACAAUCCACAGCUACUUUGCCUCCUCCACCUACUCAACCUCCUGGUUUAAUCAAGGAUCCAAUGUUGGGUGCUAGCAGUACUUUGUCCUCUCCUCUUGCAACUACCUCGCCAAUGAAUUUCCAAAUGGCAUCCGCAACCACCACAACCACCUCAGCCACGACUCCUCCACUUGUUCAAAAAGAUGUUUUAUCAGCAGAUCAAAUUCGCAACAUGAGUCCCGAGAAUAUGAUUGCUUUUGUACAAAACUUGCAGCAGGAGAACAUGCGUUUGUUGCAACAACUUAUCGCCGCUCAACAAGAAAUGGCUCUGCAAACAACACGUUACAGCGAGAUGAUGACUAUCUCUAGAGAACGGGAAUCUCAAAUGAUGCAACUUUUCGAGGCUCGCAAGCAAACAGAGCUUGAGGAAGGUCGUCGUUACAUUCUUUCUUUGGAAGCACAUAUCGGCAAACUCGAGAAUCAGCUUAAAGCAGCAGCAGCAGCAGCUACUGGUGGUGGUGGAAAUGGCAUAGGCGGCGUGACAGCAGGUUUUGGUAACCAAGAUCUCUUUGCCGGCUAUCGUGAGGAAAUGCGUUCCAACCAACAACAUCGUGGACGACGCAACUAUUACAACAAACCCGCCAUCGUCCGUUGUGGCAACUGUGGUGGAUCGGGUCAUACCAGUGCAGAGUGUCAGAAUGCUUGCCGCUAUUGUGGAUCAACCGAGCAUUUGUCUGAAGCAUGCCACGCAAACCAAUGA